GACAGGUAUCAGCAGUGGAUGGAAGAUUAGUCCAGGAGCUGAAAGUGCAGAAAAAACUGUCUAGUGGUACUCUUGUCGCAAAUCAGUCUUUACUGGUUCUACCCAGCCGUGUACCAUGUGAGAAUCCAGUGGAGAUCUUCAUUCUUCUGCAGGAGGCCAUGGCCAGCACAGAUGCAGAGGUGGAAUUCAGUGGGAACAAGCAGCGAGUGAGAGUGAAACCUGUAAACUGGAAUGAGUGCACACUGAGUGUGACUGCACCUGAUUUUACUGCUGGAGAUGUGAUAGUAACACUUUACAAUAAAGGCCUGGUGAAAGGUAAUGCCUACUUACAAUACUACACCAUCAUGGAAGAUAUCGCUCACUUCAUUCAGCAAGCUGCAGAUCCUGUGAAGUUUAUGUGCCAGGCUUUUCAGGUGUCUUCCUUGGAGAAGCUUGAUCAAACUCUGGCUUCUUGUUUGAUGCGGAAAAUGCCGACAGGAGGUUUUCAGGGCCUGCAGUGUGAUCAGUCUCUUGCUGGAGAGAGCUUGCGACUGAUGUACAGCACUGGCCAGGACCGCUCCAAGCCCUCUGUCCUAUGCGUCCGUCUGCAGCAAGAAAGGGAGAGAGAAAAAUCAGGAGAGUGUAACAGCGCCCGCCACACAGAGCAGCCUUUACCUGGAUGA